AUGAGCCGCCAUCGUCAGAAAGACGAAGAAGCUGGCGCUGAAGGCCGUGGAGUCUUGAAUACUCGUAAACGCAUGUGGAAGGAUGCAGAAGGCAGAAUAGUAACAAAGAAACCUGCACUAUCGAUCAACGCGUCAAAUUCUCAGUCCGCCUCAUCGCCACAUAGCGAAGGUAGGUUGCAGUCUUUACCGGAAUUUGCAUACUUCAAUACCCACGAACAAGGCCUUCCAAUAUCACCACCAACAUCGCAUAACCCUUCACUUUCUCAAUCCGUGGAAGAUCACGACUCCGGCAUAGGGAUCAACUACCAACCUGCUGGCUUGGACCCAAAGACAUUAUCAGCUCAAGAUAAUUUCUCGCCGAUAGACCAACGAUUCUGGUCUGCGGAUAUCACACAGCCUCAGCCUGAUCCAUUUGCCUCUACCGCCUUUGACGAUGCAUCCUUUGAAGACAUAUUCAACCCGGAUACAGCGAGUUCUUUCAACGCCCCGUUCACGACUAUAAGCAACUACAGCUGGUUGUUUGAAAUGGAUUGGGCGAAAACCGACCACUCUCAGCAGCUAAACAUGCAAGAUCCAUUCCCCACGAUUGCUUUCCCGAACAACCCCUCGCCAUUACCGCAGCCUGGUCAGUCUUUCGACUUGAAUUUAGACCAUACAAGCUUUGAAAAGCCAUCAGAGACACUCAAUCGCUAUGAACCGCUACAGUCUCAGAUAUCUGAAUCUCUACAAGGCCACUUGUCUUCACCACCAGUGAUCACCCCUCCGCUAUACGAACACGGCGAUAAUCCAAAUAUCAUCUCCCAGCCACAACAACAAACUCAAAACACAUCAGCGGUCUCUCCUAAGACUAUUUCGGUGGAUGCCGCUAGUUCUGUGCCCGACAUCGAGCGCCCAAUGUCCAUGCUUCGGCCAUCGAGGAGCUUACCAGUCAUCGAUGAACUAGCCCGCCAGCAGUUGCUUGAUCUCGUCGAUAUCAUACAACCCACCAUGCCUGAUGGGAGUAUAGUCAUGCGAGAUCACCCACUCCUCUCAUUGUCGUGUUUGCAGACAUACUGCGAUCUCUUCUUCACACGCUUCAAUACCACAUACCCGCUUAUCCACAUGUCAACAUUCGACCCCUCGGAGGUUGAUACCCUACUUCUCGCGUCCGUGCUUCUACUUGGAGCUACAUACGGAGAGAAAGACGCACAUCAGCUUGCCGUAAGCAACAAAUACCCUCUCACUCAUGAAAUCAAAGCUAACGAAACAAUGCAGGUGUGUAUACAUGACGUCCUCCGUCCCCAAAUAUUUGCCAACGCCGGCUUCUCUGCCAAGCCUGAUCUCUGGGUCCUCCAAACUAUCCUCCUUGUCGAGUGCUUCGGCAAAAGCCGUGCCGGCCAAAAGCAACACGAUAUGUCGCAUCUCUUUCAUGGACUCCUCAUUAACCUCAUCCGCCGCAGCGACUGCCAAAGCAUCCGACCACCCACCCCGGACGAAUCCACAGAUGAUCUUGAAGACGACUGGCGAACCUGGUGCGAGGCUGAGGAAAAAAAGAGACUGGCUUUUCUGUGCUUCAUGUGGGACACGCAGCACGCCGUGCUCUUCUGUCAAUCUCUCUGCAUGUCGGCCUUUGAACUGCGCUCAAACAUGCCCUGCGACCAAGCCGUCUGGGAAGCAGACUCCGCGGAAUCCUGGCACCAAGCACGCCAGAAACAACCUACAACACCGCUCUUUCUGUCGUGUUUGAAGAUGUACCUACACCCCGACGCAGCAGCCAAGAUCCCCAAGAACCUUAACGCCCUAUCCCGCGCUCUACUCCUCCACGGUCUCAUGUCUGUAGCCUGGGACAUGCAACGCCGCGACCAAACCUCCCUCGGCGUACUGGAAUCCAGCAACCCGCUGGGAAACUGGCAAGUUCGCCUCGCGAGUUCGUAUACAUCCUGGCACGCAGAUUACACCGCUUUCUGCACCACGUACCUAUCCGCACUACCCUCACCGUCCCACUUUCUCGCAAAAGAAUUCCAAAUCCAUCGCACGGCUACUCUGGCCCUCUACCACGCCGCACACAUCUUACUCCACACCCCAUUUAUCGACCUGCAGAUUUACGCGGGCGCGAGACAUAUCCUGGGUCGCCCAGUAGCGCGGCACGACUAUGCACGCUCGCAGCGUGUAGUUAAGAAGUGGGUGUUGGAGAACGGUAAGGAGGCGGGUAAGGCAGUGUGGCACGCGUCUUCUAUUGUAAGCGAGGGCGUGGAUGUUCUAGAUGGCGAGCUCAGCGCUAGUGAUAUCGGGAGUGCGAGAUUGUGGCAUCAUGCUUGGACUGUGUAUCUAGGCACGCUGGUGGUGUGGGGGGUGUGGUAUGCGCGGCCGGUUCCUCCGCCCGCGCCGGACGCUUUGCCCAGUCAUCUCAGCCAUUUGGACGGCGACGAUGGGGAGGAGGAUGAGAUGGUUUGGGAUCCGAGUACAGAGAUGAAGACGCUGUUGGAGGGCAUUCUCAAGAGUGAACCGAUGGGUUUGCUGGAGCAAGGGGCCAAGAGCGUUUUUUCGGGGGGCGUGGGGAAGAGGGGGACGAAUGGGUUGGCGGCGGUAUGGCGAUUAGUCGGCGGUGGCGCCGGUGCGGGGGCAGGAUUUGGUGGACCGUGA